AUGUCACUACAAGUUCUUCUUCAUAUCAUUAAUUUAAAAUGUUUAUACAUAAUAUCUAUUUCAUUAUUACUAAUUCAAUUAUCUUUUUCAUAUCCAAAUCAAGUUUCUAACGUUGAUCCACGUUGGGGUCAUACAGCUACUCUUAUAAAUGAUACUAUAUACUUUGUAGGUGGAAGAACAAAUGAUAAUGUUUUUACCUCGGAUUUUAUUAGUCUUAAAAUAUCCAACGAAUUUUCAAUAAAUUUACCCCCUUGGAUGGAACUUGAUUCUACAGGAAUGCCAAGAUUAAUUGGUCAUACAGCUGUAGCUGGUGGUUUAAAUAAUACUAAAAUUGUAGUUUUUGGUGGUGGUGUAGAUGAUCCAGCUUCAGCUGCUAUGCAAAGUUUAACAAUUUAUGAUCCAACAACUAUUUUAUGGACUCGACCAACAAAUUUAAUGAAUUCGGAUUCUAAAAGAAGAUAUUUACAUUCAGCUGUCAUAUUAUCAAAUCAUCAAAUGUUAAUGUAUGGAGGACAAACGGAUUCCCUAACUGGAAGUCAAACUAUUUCUAUAUUGGCUGAAUUAUGGGGAUUAGAUACGAUUUCAUUAUACGCAUGGCAAGGAUUUCCAUCUUUAAAUGGUUCUCCUAAUUCAAGAGAACGUCAUACUGCUAGUGUUAUUGGGAAUAAGAUGAUUAUUUUAGGUGGUAGUGAUGGUAAAACACUUGUCCCUAUGAGUGAAAUGUAUGUGUUUGAUUCUAAUGUUGUUAAUUGGACUUUAAUAAUUGCUACCGGUCAAGUUCCUACAUCAAGAAUUGAUCAUUCAGCUGUUGCUAGUGCAGAUAAUACUACAACGUAUGGUGAUAUUGCUAUUCUUGAUACUGAUACAUGGAAAUGGAGUGCACCUCCUACCAUUAACCCACCUCCAAGUCGAACAUUCCAUACAGCAACAAUAGUUGGCGCAAAUAUGAUUAUCGCAUUUGGAAGAAUUGGAUCAGGUUCUGGAAUAAUCGAUGAUAAAAUAUAUUGUUUAAACUUAUUAAAUUGGACAUGGGUAGAUAAAUAUAUACCGCAAUCUUUUCCACCUGACAAAAAUUUAACACUACCAACUUCUACAUCUAACCCAACAACCCCUAAUCCCACUUCCACUUCUACAAUUACACCGACUGAUAACUCUCAAUUUAUAAGUAUACCUAAAGGAUUAGCUAUAGGAAUAUUAACUAUAAUAUCAUUAAUUGGUGCAGUAAUAAUAGCAUUUAUAAUAUUUUAUAUUAAUCGUCAACGUAAAAUAUCAGAUGGUUCAAUAUUAGUAGGAAUUCCAUAUUCGAGAACUUCUGUACCACCAAGUAACAAUGUUACAACACCAACUCAAUCAACACGAAUUAGAUCAGCAAGAUAUAGUUUUUUACCAUCAUUUUUUCGUCAGAAUGAUGGUGAAGGUUUAAAUCAAAUUGAUAUUGAUGAAAAUAUAACACCACAAAAUUCUAUAUUUGCUCAAACUUUACUUAGAAAGACUAGUAAUAAUAAUGUUGGAUCUGUUGAACCUGAAAAUGAUGGACGACGUAAUGUUAGAUUUAAUGACAAUAAUAUAACUAUAACUCCUGUUGUUUACACUAAAGGACAUCAUACUCAAGAAAGUGUAGAAAUUGAACUUGGUAACACUAAUGAAUUUACUGGAAACGGUUCUAGAGUUAGUGAUAUAAUAACGCAAACUGAUACAGGAUCAGAAGGUAGUAGGACUAAGCGAUUAAGUUCUCGACAAUCAACAAGAGAAAGUUUUGAUAGUAAUGAUAUUGUGAAUAUUGGUAGUGGUUUGGAUGUCCAGAGGCAAAGUGCCGAUGGUGCAUCAAUGGUAGUAUUAAGGAAUCAACUAAGAAUUACUAAUCCGGAUAUUGAUCAAGAAGAUAAUAAUUAA